AUGUAUCUAGAAUUACUGAAUACAUUAAACCCAUCCACCCUCUCCCAGCCCCCAACAAAAAGUUUAAUCAAAAGCACCCAGGUGAGAACACACAGGGAAAAUACAUACCCUGGGUCCAGAAUUCCCUUUCAGCUGUGGUUCCCUGGGUUAGAUUAUGAUCAAAACAUCUGGAAUUUUGACUUUGCAAAACCAGGAGAUAAAGCUUAUCAAGUUGGAGCACUCUGAAUGAAGAGUAUGAAGAUUUGAAUCAUAGUCUUGUGUUUAUGGUAAAAUGAACGGAACUCCAGAUUGAUCAGUGCAAUAUUUAACUUUUAAUUUUAUAUAUGUAUUUUUAAUAUUGAAAGAUCAACUAAUACCUUGUUUUUCAUGCAUUUCAUUAUUGAAUUGCACCUUGAUCUUGACUUUUUAACCUAAUAAAUUCACCUAAAUCCAAUAUUUACAAGAAUUGCAUUUUAUGUGUCUUAAAUUACGAUUAAAUUGGAUCUUGUGAGUUCUAAUCUGUGUAUUUCUAAUACUGGAUUGGCUGGAUAAUUUCUAGAUUUUGAUGAAUGUCUGAAAAAAAAAAUAUUGCCGAAUUUUUAAUGCGGACAUUGUAUUCUUACUAAAUUAUUCUAACAUCAACCCCAUUUAAGAUGUAGUAGUACGUCAGUCAUUUAUACAACACUGAAGCUGAGUUAAUUUCUUCAAGGAAUUCUGUAAUAUGACAACUAAAUGAACGUUAAACGAUAUUCCAGGCAGGAUGUUGAGUAACGUGGGUCAUGGCAUUUCCCCUUUGUUCUGUAUAUUAUCUGGAUUAUCAGUAAUGGGAGAGAGACAAAAAAGAUGGUGACAUUUUGAGCCAAGCUGGAGCUGUGGGUUUUUGCAGCCUGGCCAGAACUGUGAUUGUAGCAUAGAUGGAAGCAUGUGUCAAUAUGUGUUUAUAUUUUUGUAAUGUAUGCAUGUGUUUAUAUGUCUGUGCAAAGCUAUUGAUAGGUAGAGCUUACAUUGCCAUAGCCCGAUAUUUGGGGAUCUUUAGCCCUGGGCCUCUCCAGUUGGUGGAGAGACAGGAGGACAUCAGUCAGCUCCUUUGAGAAGAAGCAUUUUUUAUAUUAAGAAAGAUUAGAAGUAUAGUGCUUCCCAUAGGUAUGUAAAGGGGCCCAAAUGACUGUCAGAUGGGGUACUGGGAAGAGAACUAUCGAUCUAUCCAUCCAUCCAUCCACCCAUUCAUCUAAUGUUUUUCCUAUAUUUCUUUGCUUGGAUUUUAAGUAGACUUUUCAAUGUCUCUGUUUUUCUUUAACUAUUAAAAAGAUACCUAAUGUGGUUACACUAACACUCUCCCUGUAAUUCUCUCUGAAGCUGAGUGAGAAAUAUGGACCCGUGUUUACGAUUUAUCUAGCCAAAAGACGAGCAAUCAUGCUAAUUGGACACGACACGGUGAAGGAGGCUCUUGUUGAUCACAACGAUGAAUUUGGCAACAGGGGUACUUCAGACAUAUUGUAUUUGUUCACCAAGGAUUAUGGUAAGUUUCACAAAAUCAUGCUAUUUAAAUCACCUGAGAGCUACCUAUACAUCAGUACCUUCCAGAUUUAAUCUUGAAAUAAUGAACAUUCGACCUAGCAUCACAUUUCUUAACACAUCUGUUACUAUUAAUUCUUAGAACCUUGCAUAAACUAUACUGUUCUUUCUUGUGUGUAGCUCUUUAGUUUAGACUAAAUUGUGUAGUUUUUUUUUUUUAUUAACUACAUGUGGAUUUUUUCAUAAACAAAAUCUUUUGAGGAUUAUUCACUGAAUACAGGAUUGUAAUGAAUCAAAAACUGUAUUGCAAAAUUUACCAAAAUAGUGAUGAUAUGAAAAAUCUAUAAACUAAGUUAUGGUCUCAGCAAUUAUGCUUAAUUUUGGAUUUCAUUCACAAUAUAACAUUUGCUAAAUUAAGCUUAAAAUCUGAAUUUCUAGGAAAAUGAUCAGGGAAUGCAAAUGUAAGGCCAAAAAGACUAAGAUCAAAAUAUAUAUGUAGAGAAUUUUUCCAAUAUGUGGUUAUUUGGUAAUUAAAACAAAAAAUCUCAUUGUGGUGAAUAAGAUGUAGUGUUUUUAAGAGUUAUUAUGAGCAAUGCAAAAAGAAGGAAACUCAUGCAACAGUUCUGUCUGAGACUACAGUGAGUCUCACCACCUAAAAUCAUGUUCUCUAGAGUUUUUGAGUAGUAACUGCGUUGCUGAGAACUACCAAAUCCAAUAUGUCUCUCCUUAUGGAUGUUCGUAGGAAUGCUCUUUAGCAAUGGAGAGAGGUGGAAGACAUUGCGGAGAUUCUGUCUCAUGACAUUGAGAAAUUUUGGAAUGGGGAAGAGAAGCAUUGAGGAGAGAAUCCAAGAGGAAGUUCAAUGUCUUUCAGAAGUCUUUCAAAAAUAUAAAGGUCAGUACACAUUACAUGCGUGUAAUAUGAAAGAUAUACUAUAUUGUGUUUAUGGGAAAGUAAACAAAAAAAAAUAUAUAUAUAUAUAUAUAUAUACAAUAAUUGCACAUUAAUGAAAAAAUAAAAAAUCACUUAUUGAACAUUACUUUAUUUUAAUGAAGAAGGCACCAGUCUGUUUAAUAUAAUAUGUAGGAAAUGUUUCUUAAUUUGUGAUAAAAUUAUAUUAUUCUUUGAGAAAUACUAUAUCUAGGUAUUUAGUCUGCUUGUGUACAGAGCAUUCUAGACUAAUAAUUAUUUUGUUUAUUUUAGUCAAUUUAUUUUAUAUACUUGAAAUCCCAGUAUAUGUGAUUCUUUUCCUAAUAAUUGUUACAAUAGAUACCUCUUUUGAUCCCGCAAAUUUAUUGAGAAAAGCUGUGUCCAAUGUGAUUGUCUCUAUUGUAUUCGGAGAAAGAUAUGAUUAUGAAGACAAGGCGUUUAAUGAUAUUCUGUCAAAUCUUAGAGAAAUCAUUGGGCUAUUGAAUUCAUCUUCUGGUUUGGUGAGUAUUGCCUUAUAAUUCUUGACUUCCAGUAAACGACAUCAUAAUACCUGCAUAAUGCAUAAUGUGGUAUAUGUGAUGAGACUGUGGUGAUCUCCAGUGAAGUUCUUGGGGUUACGAAGUAAUGUUUAUGCAGUGUGAACUAUAAUAAGGUAUUUUAAUGCAAUCUCAACAAGCUGGGAUAUUACUUUGGAUAAGACUAGAGCGACCUCCAUCACCUGCUGUAAAUGUGUUGCCUCUUGCAUAGCUGGUAGCCAACUUUCUCAAAAUGUAUUAAUAUUGGUCAACAAAAACAGGGUUAUUCACAAACGCCUGAAUGGUCCAGUAUCGAAUGGGCCAUCUGACAAACCAUCUGGCUGCAUACAGCACCAUCUGGACUACAAAAUCUGGGCAUUGUUCAACCAAUUCAAUAAUGUCUGGAUUUUGCAAUAACAGAACAUGCCUAAAUUAGGUCCUGGUGAAGCCACGGCAGGCUGAAAUCUGAACCCGAAUGUUUCAAAUACAGAUCCUUAUUUUAAAAAAUCUGAGCUAUUUCCCCAUGGCAGCACACAAAGUCAGCAGGAAAAUCGUUAUCAUGACAUUCCCUCAACAUCAACAUUCAACAGCACUAAGCAAGAAAAUGUAUCGAUCUUCACCUUUUAAAAAAAGCUCUGCACGGAAUGAGUCUUUAAAGUAGGAAGAAAAUAUAUCAAGGUUUACCCACACUUUCAAUUUUCAUUAGAGUGCCCUGAUUGGUUGGCUUAUAAAUCAACCAAUCCAGAGCGCUUUGUCAAGCAAGUCUCACUUCUCUCGAUACUUGCAAUUUGAAAUUUCUGAAUUCCAACUGUAUUUGGCUUCAGUAAAUAUGAGAAUUGCCAAUGUUAAAUGUUUACAACACUUCCUUAUCGUGUUAAUGUUUAUUCUUUAGGCUACCAUUCCCCACUGAGGUGCUCUCUGUUCCUUCUUGAGAUGGGUCGGGAGUACCUGUCCUCUGUGGGGGAUAGAAACAUAGUAACAUAGAAUGUGGCAGCAGAUAAGAACCAUUCAGCCCAUCUAGUCUAAUUUUCUAAAUAGAUAAAAUUAAUGAUAACCCUGACCAAAAACAAACGAGUUAAAGAAUAUGAUAACUAAGAUAAGACUUAACCUAUAUUCGUGCUAGUUAAAAGGAACUAUAUGUUUCUAAAUAGUAAUAGUCUUUUUUCGUCAACAAACGGAUUGUUUGCAACAAAUGUUGCUGUUUAGGUGUUACAUAGUAACAUAGAUACUUUAAGAUAUUUAGAAAAUCAACACAGCCUUAUUGUUAGAUACAAUUAUGAGUAUUCUGUAUUUAGUCAGCACGAUUUGGUGAGUUAGCACCAGUAUAGGCCCCGGACAUCUAAGCAAGGGCUUCUUCUCACCUAUCACAAUACUGAGAGUUUCACAUUUCAGUGCAUACUUUAUUUAUUACUAUUUUUGUGUUUUUCACCAUAUUUUUUAUGUUGUUCUUAUUUUACCAAUACUCCUUUCCUAUAUUUGUAAAUACCUUGGUUUUUCUCUUUAUUUUUGUUCCAAUUAUCUGUCAUCAAUUUAUAUAUUCCUCUAUUUAGAGGUUUACUGACAGCCUAUUCAGACGCCAUUUCAUUACUACUUAGGAACAUACAGUUCCUUUUAACUAGCACAUUUAAAGGUUAAGUCUUAUCUUAGUUAUCAUAUUCUUUUACUUAUUUGUUUUUGGUCAGGUUAAUCAUCAAUUUAAUCUAUUACUCCUCUGGGUUCAUGCCCUUCUACCCUUAGACCCCUUAUGCAAUUUCUCCCACUCUUUGUCUCAUAACUAUUUUCUAAAUACUUUCAUUAGUCCCUAGCCUUAUCUUAUAGUUAGGAUAGCCUUAUGCCUAUCCCACGCAUGCUUAAACUCCCUCACUCUGUUAACCUCUACCACUUCAGCUGGAAGGCUAUUCCAUGCAUCCACUACCCUCUCAGUAAAGUAAUACUUCCUGAUAUUAUUUUUAAACCUUUGUCCCUCUAAUUUAAGACUAUGUCCUCUUGUUGUGGUAGUUUUUCUUCUUUUAAAUAUAGUCUCCUCCUUUACUGUGUUGAUUCCCUUUAUGUAUUUAAAUGUUUCUAUCAUAUCCCCCCUGUCUCGUCUUUCCUCCAAGCUAUACAUGUUAAGAUCCUUUAACCUUUCCUGGUAAGUUUUAUCCCGCAAUCCAUGAACCAGUUUAGUAGCCCUUCUCUGAACCCUCUCUAAGGUAUCAAUAUCCUUCUGAAGAUACGGUCUCCAGUACUGUGUACAAUACUCCAAGUGAGGUCUCACCAGUGCUCUGUACAAUGGCAUGAGCACUUCCCUAUUUAUACUGCUAAUACCUCUCCCUAUACAACCAAGCAUUGUGCUAGCAUUUCCUGCUGCUCUAUUACAUUAUCUGCCUACCUUUAAGUCAUCAGAAAUAAUCACCCCUAAAUCCCUUUCCUCAGAUGUUGAGGUUAGGACUCUAUCAAAUAUAUUUUUACAUCCACAAUGCAUUAUUUUGCAUUUACCACAAUAAAUGUCAGUUGCCAUUUUUGGGGGGGAUGGUCCUGGUGCCUAUAUCACCACUUGCUGAUUGUAUGAAUGUCUUCACCUUACCUUCAUUCUGCUCUUAUAUCAUACGUCACAAUAAAAAUACUUUGUUCCUGCCUCACUCGAUAUAACUAUUGGAUACUGUUAUUUUAUUACGUUCAUUAGUAUCUCAACAGUCUCUUUUAGUUCUUUCUCCCUUUAUAGUACUUGAAGGGAUAAUAUACUCAUCAUAACAACUACAGCUUAAUGUUGUUGUUCUGGUGAGUAAAGUAUGUCUUUUAGGGUUAUUGCAGUUAACACUAUGUUUUCAGAGAAAAUGCAGUGUUAGUCUAAGGACACCUCCAGUGGCCACUCCUCAGAUGGCUGCUUGAAGUGCUUCCUGGUCAGUGCUGCACAGUGUGACUGACAUUCAGUGUAUCCACCCUCUGCAUGGAAACACUGAACUUUCCUCACAGAGUGAUUCAAUGCAUCUCUAUGAAAAAAUGCUGAUUGGCCAGGGCUGCAUUUGACUCUACUCCCGGCCCGCAUCCUUGGCUCAGAUCAUCAGAAUUGACAAUCUCAGACAAUCCAAUGAUUUCCUAUGGAAAAGCACAGUGAUUUCUGAGAUCAUCAUUUCUGAUGAUGUCAGCCAAGGAGGCAGAUCAUGGGAAGAGCCAGCACCAGCAGACUGGAAUAAAGGUAAGAUUCUUCUAUGAGAGCAGGGGGGUAGAUAGUGAUUUUAACACUAUAGGGUCAGGAAUAUAUGUUUGUGUUUCUGACCCUAUAGUGUUCGUUUAAGGCAAACUAUAGUGCCAGGAAAACAGACUUGUUUUCCUGGCUCUAUAGCUUCCCCCUCAGUCAAGCUCCCCUCCUCGUCCCCCAAAACCCCUUCUGUCACUUCAUUAGGUCCAGCAUUGUUGUUGCUUGGUGUUGGCUCGGGUGCUCCUUAUUUUAUCUUCUGCCGACAUCAGCCGGUAGGGGAGACCUAAUGCGCAUGAGCAGCAAUGUCCCUUUGAUGAACUGUAAUAGGAUUUAGUUUAAUAGGGUUCCUUACUUGUGUGUUGUAAAGAUUUAUAUAAUCAAGAGUAUAAUAGAAUUUUUAUAGAGAUGGUUUCUCAUUUGAUACUUUUUUAGCAUAUCUCAUAAGGAUUACUGCACUCUAGCCAUUUGAUCGGGCAUAUAAUAUUUACAGUUAUGGGACGUGUCAACUAAACUGUGCUCUAUUGUAUUCCCUCUUCAGUCUGUUUUGAUUAUUAUUUAUAAGUAUGGGUUGUGCCCCUUACAUGGGGAGACCUCAUUCUUCUUACAAUGUUUUUUGUUAUAGUUGUUCCGAAUUUUUCCAUAUGUGGCUAAAUGGAUCCCUGGACCUCACCAGAAAGUUUUCACAAUUAUGCAGCGGGUAAGAAAGUUUUUGAGAGAUCAGAAAAAUUCUCAUCAUGAGUCACUGGAUGCAAACUGCCCGAGGGACUUAAUAGACUGCUUCUUGAUAAGGAUGGCUCAGGUAGGACUCUGUAACAUAAGAAAUGUUUGGUUUUAAAAACUUCUAGAAUUAAUAUUUUUGCAAAGGAUGGAAAAAAAUACAUGUAUUUAAUGUUCCAUAUUCUCGUAGGAUAAAAAUAAUCCCAAUACAGAAUUUCAUGAAGAGAAUUUAUUGAUGACUAUAAUGGAUUUAUUCUUUGCGGGCACUGAGACCACAAGCCUAUCACUAAGAUAUGCCUUCCUGAUAAUGCUGAAAUAUCCAGAUAUACAAGGUAUCAUUAUUACUCAUCAAUAUUAUUGCAGUUAUAAAGGGAUUAUGAGAAUUAUAUAAUCACACUAUAUAUAUAUUCCUCUUUUUAGAAAAAUUUUAAAAGAAGAAAUAUUUUUAGUAAAAUUGAAAGAAAGUGCUGAUUAGACCACGGCUUGCUGUCCACACCGUUGUAGAUAGAUUUCGGGAAAAAUAAUAUAUCAAACCAAAAACGAACCAGAGCAAAAUUUUUCAAGUACAUUCAUUUUGAUAACAAUACAAAAUAUGGGAGUUAUGCUAAACAGCUAAAAGAUAAGGGCUCUAGAUUUUAAAUAUUGAAACGUAGAAAGUGACAGCAGAUAAGAAAUAUUCGGUCUAUCAAGUCCGUCCAUCAGCUGUUAGCAGACAGAAUCCUAGUCUUGGAUCCCUAAAUAGCACACAUAAGGAUCACAAAUUAGGAUGUUAUCUACGAAACAGUUGAAAAAUUUAAAUUAAGCAAAGAGUAUCUGAAAUUCAAAAAUUAACAAAUUUUCUAAUUGAAAUUUGGUUCGCCCGAAACAGUAAUUUUCUGAAUCUUAGAAGACCCAAAAUUAAAAAAAUAAGAAAUCGAUCUGAAACCAAUUAAAACUAUUUUUCCCCUGUGUACAUCUCUAAUGUACAGUAAUGGAAACACCAUUAAUUAAUUUAAAAAAACACAAUAUUUACAAGGAGAUUCUGAUAAUGUAGCAAAAUAUACAUAAUGCAAAUCUGGGUAAAAUAACAGUUUAUUUUUUUUAAUUAUUAUUAAUUACAGAUCAGAUAGCUAACUUGAAACUUCUAGUCAACUUUCAGAAUAUGCCAUCCACAGGUGUUAUUAGAAUAAAAGACAUGGUUUGACAAAGAGUUCUUUUAACAUUAAAUUAUACAUAUUUUAUUUUCAUUGAAGUAGCGUGUCAUUCUUUAGUGUCUCUAGGAAGGACCGUUGAUGGUAACAACCUUGACUCAAUGAAGAGUAGACUUCAUGCAAAAAAAUAAGAAAAUAUGAGAACAGAGUAGCUUGAUUGGCUAAAUGCACCAAGUGCUAAACAAGCAGUUUAUUUGAAGCAGACAGUUAAAAUACAAAACGUUUUGGCAUUCAAACCUUCAUCAGUGAAUAAGGGGUGUUGGCACUGAUGAAGGAUUUUAUUUUCUCUGUAUAGUAUUUUGCUCCUGCACAAGCAACAGGAGAUUGAGAUGACAGCAGCAUGUUUUUUUUGUUUUUUUUAUACAUGUUUUCAGGAUCCUAGAUCCUGAAUAUCUACCAUUUCAUCUAUCAUUGUUGCCACAAUAGUAUACUUGAAUCUGAUUUAUAAAAAUAACUAUUACUGGUGGCAGUCUUUUUUUUUUAUAUUUACUGUAUGUGUAUGUUGUUUUAUUUUUCUGUGAUUAUAUUGUUUUUGGUCUAUUUACUUCAGAAAAGAUCCACAAAGAGAUAGACCGUGAGAUCGGCCAUGAUCGAUGUCCAUCAGUAGAGGACCGGAUUAAGAUGCCCUAUACAGAUGCCGUAAUCCAUGAAAUACUGAGAUUCGGUGACACCGUGCCUAUGGGAGUUAUGCACACAACCAGUCAAGACACGACCUUCAGGGGAUAUGACAUUCCUAAGGUCACAAACUUUGAGUAAUAUAGGGAAAUAAUUAAGAUAGGGAUAGCUAGAGUAAAUAAAUAUAUACAAAAGUAAUAUUUAUAAAACCAAUUGCAAAGUAUUAUAUAGCCAACAUGAGGUGGAUAGUUGGAUUUUAAAAAGUUUUUAAAAAUAAGCAAAAAUAAUAAAUCCAUGUGUUCCCAUGGUGUAAUUCUAUCUGUCUGUAUUUUCAUUUUGCUGUUUGUCACUACAAAUCCUAAAAGUGAGACCCGUGUGCAUUGAUUGCAUUUUUAUAUAUACAUUUUAUAUUUUCUUAAUAUUUUACAUUACUUAAGCUUUUUUGUUUUUCAUCUUUCUAAAAUCCAUAUAUAAUUGUGUACUAUUUUUACAAAUUCUAACCCUCUUCUAACAUUUUAAUAUUUUGUAGUUAAAUCCAAGAACAUAAAAGUAAAACACUUAAUGGGAUUUUUACCAUUUGUUUUAGUCCUCAAUUAACACUCUGAAGGUGCAAACUGUUUUUCAUUUUAACUCUGUGUUGUUACACUACAAUAUGUACAAAUGUCCAAGAUUGGGUAAAUACUUAAAAGGCAUUGUAUCACCAUCUCCAUCCAAAUCACUCCGCUUUCCAACAUAUCCAUUAUAUCAAUAAAACUGCAGACUAUACCAUAUUAUGUUUUUGCACCAUCAGUACAACCUGCUCUUUCAUGCUCUCUCCCCUACCAUUACAAAAAAACGUGAUCUAUCUAUUUAAGGUUUAUCUCCUGUCCGCUUGAUCCAGUACCUUCCCACCUCAUCAGAGCUCUCAUCCCUUGUCUUGUACCAUCCUUAACACACAUUCUAAACUGCUCUCUUAUAUCUGGUGUUGUCCCUGCUCCCCUUAAGCAUGCUACUGUCAUACCCAUCCUAAAAAAGCCAUCCCUAGACCCGUCUUCCACUUCCAACUAUCAUUCCAUAUCCCUGCUUCCUUUCUCCUCAAAGCUUCUAGAAAGACUUGUCUUUACUCGUAUGACUCACACCUAAAUUCCAACUCCCUCCUCCUUCCUCUUCAAUCUGGCUUUUACCCCCUCCACUCUACUGAGACUGCUCUUAUUAAAGUUACAAAUUAUAGCCAACUCCAAAGGCCACUACUCAAUACUAAUUCUUCUUGACCUCUCUGCUGCCUUUGACACUGUUGAUCAUGGCCUCCUUCUCCUAACUCUUCAAUUUCUCUCUCAUGGUUCUCCUCCUAUCUCUCCCAAUGCUCCACUAGUGUCUCUUUUUCCAACAGCACCUUCUCUCCUCUCCUCUCCUCUCCUCUCCUCUCCUCUCCUCGUCCUGUCUCAGUCUGAGUCCCUCAAGAUUCAGUUAUUGGUCUCAUUUUGAUCUCUCUCUAUACUGCCUCUCUUGGCAAACUCAUUCAUUCAUUUGGAUUCCACUACCACCUGUAUGCUUAUGACACCCAGAUAUAUCUCUCCUCCCCUGACCUCUCCCCUACUGUCUUACAACGUGUCACCAAUUGCAUUUCUUCUAUCUCUAAUUGAAUAAAGGCAAUUUUCUUAUUUUUCCUCCUCAUAAUACUGAUUCUCCUCCUUCACUCUCCCUGCAGGUUGACGGUACCUGCCUCCCCCCAUCCUUUCAAGCUCACUGUCUUGGUGUCACUUUUAAUCCUGGCCUCACCUUUGCGCCUUAUGUCCAGUCUGUUGCUAAAUCCUGUCGAAUCCAAUUUAAAAACAUUGCCCGCAUACUCCCCUUUCUUACGCAAGAUGCUGCCAAGUAGCUUGUUCAUGCUCUAGUACUCUCUUGCAUCGAUUACUGUAAUUCUCUCCUAAUUGGUCUCCCCAGAAGCCGUACUGUCCCCCUACAAUCUGUGGUGAAUGCUGCUGCCAGGUUGAUCGUUCUCUCCUGUCGCUCCUCUCACACAUCACCCCUCUGUCAAUCCUUACAUUGGCUUCCGGUCCCCUAUAGGUGUCAAUUUAAAAUACUAACCCUUAUCUAUAAAGCUCUAACCAACUUUAGCCUUUCUUGCAUUUCUUCACUUAUUCAUAGGUAUGCCCACUCGGUCUCUCGGCUCUACUAGUGACCUUAUCCUUUCUUCUGCUCACACCCUUACUGCAAAUUCACGCCUACAAGACUUCUCACAGGAGGCUCCUUUACUUUGGAACAACCUGCCUAACCCUGUCAGACUCUCCCCUAAUCUUCAAUCUUUUAAGAAGUCCCUCAAAACCCAUCUUUUCAGGAAUGCUUAUGGCCUCCAAGAGUAACUUCUCUCUCUCAAACCUUCCUCUCGCUCUCUCCUAUAGGGCCACACUCCACUCUCACCUCCAGCUCUGCUACAUUCCCACCAUGUCUAUUUGCUGUCUCCCUAAAUACCCUUCCUAUUGUAUUUUUAUACCUCACCACCUCUAGACUGUAAGAUCGUUUGAGCAGGAUCCUCAACUACCUAUUGUUCCUGUUACGUUUUGUUAAUGUCUCAUUUGGUAAAUUCCCCUUUUAUUGUAAAGCGCUGCGGAAUAAGCUGGCGCUAUAUAAAUACCAAUAAUAAUAAUAAUCUCUACCUGGUCAUUGCCUUCUGUGCUUCUGCUAUUGUGUUUAAAGUGUGUUGGUGUCCACAAUGCUUCAGUAUGUCACAUGACAUGCCCCAAUCACAUAAAGACACUAAGCCAAAUUCACUUGCUCGCUGCCUGUCUAGUAUAGAGAAUAAAAUCCUUGACAUAUGAGUGGCAGAUAAGAACCUCUACACGGCAGUGAUGACAAGUGUGUUGCAGGUUUUAGACGUGUGCUUUUCGAGAAAACCCGGUUUGACAAAGCCAUUUUGCCCCAAAAUAGAAACUUUUUAAUUUCAGCUGAUUAAAAAAUUCUGCUGAGCCAAACAGAUAAUCAGGAUUUUAAUUCAGGAACCAAAUUAAAGGACAAAAAAAUGAAACUGGGCCAAUCGAAGUGCUGCUAAAUAUAUAUAUAUAAUCUAAUAUUAUGUACAUAUUUUGCAGUAAACUGAUAGGAGAGUUUUUCUGCCAUUUGGUAUUCAGAUCAAGUGAUAAAAGUAAUCAACAAGGGAAAAAUGAGAGGAGCAGCAAAAAAAAUUAAAAUAAAUUGCAUUUACAUAUUUAUUUCAAUUAUAAAUAUAAAUUUUAUUUUCUGCUUUUCCCUCUAUUGUCAACUUCUCAUUUAAUCUGUGCAUAAAAUGAACAUUUAGUGAUUGGCCCUAUCGUACCUCGCUAUUCCUGAUGUCUGGUUUCCCGGACUCUGGUUUGUCUCUGACCAUUCUCAGUCUUUUGUUCAGCACGGCCACUCUAACGUCUGGAAUAUGUUUAUUUUUUGGUUUAUAAUUGCACACUGCGUGUUGGAUCUUUCAGUAUUCCUGCCAGACUGAAAAUGAAUCUGCAAAUCUAAUAGAUUACCCUCCACUGAUCAAAGCCAUAAAUCUACAGGGAUGGGUGAAAUUUACGUUUUUAGAACACUGAAAUGAUCUUUCUGAUAAAUGUUCAAGAAUAAUGAGUAGAUAUCCCUUGUUAUUAGAUGACUUAUCUAGCUUUACAGAUCUAUUUUUAAAUUUUAAUCGCAGGGUACUGUGGUUUUCCCUGUACUGACCUCUGUCCUGAAGGACCCCAAGUACUAUAAAAAUCCUCAAACAUUUGACCCUGAACAUUUUUUGGAUGAGAACGGCUGCUUUAAAAAGAAUGAUGCCUUCAUGGCAUUCUCUGCAGGUAAAUACAUUGUAUGAAAGUUGAGGUUCAGUGAGUCUUAUUGACAUUGUUAUAGAGAAUUCACAAUUACUGUGUGGACGAGUGUGGGCGUCAGUAAGCUUAUUUGUGCACUUGUGUGUACAUGAGUGUUCUACAUGUAGUAUACAUGUUUGUGUGUGUUUUUGCUUGUGUUUGUUUGUGUGUUUAUUAGUCAGUGAAGAAUAACUGAAAUAUUUUUGUUAAUGUUUAAAAGGGAAGAUCAUAGUUAAAAUGUUUGCAAUGACGUAUUUUUAAUUUAAAAAGUCAACUCAAACAUCCUAUAAAUUUAAACCAUGUUCAUAAAUAAAAUAUACAACUCUAUAUAUUGUGUUAAACUAUUACCAAGCUAUUUUUAAUACAUAUCUGUUAACAAUUCACUUUCCAGGUAAACGCGUGUGUGUGGGGGAAGGUCUUGCUCGCAUGGAGCUCUUUCUCUUCUUCACCACCAUCUUGCAGAAGUUCACACUAAAGCCAACAGUGAACGAAAAGGACAUUGAUAUAUCUCCAGAGCCAGGAAGCAAUGGUACCAGACCCCGCCUUUACCAGAUGUAUGCUGUGUCUCGCUCAAAACCCUAGAUGUACUUAUUAUUCUGGCAACAUAACUGUGACUGGGCCUGAAGUGCUCCUGAGUCCAUGGAGGUAGCGAGGAAGCUGACCUGGCGGAGGUACUCAGUCGGAGUACAGGAGCUCUGUUAUAACGACCCUUCCAAUCUCUAUGGAAUUUCUGCAAACAAAGAUCAUAAAUAUUGCAAUUGCUGGAAAGAAACCAACACAUUGAAAAGAUUUGGUUGUGAUCUCAAAUAUCAUUUUCCUCGUUCCCUAUCUUUUUUGUUCUUUACAUCCAUAUAUUCUUUUAUCAUUUUG